GGAAUAAAACAGCCUCCUGACGUGCGUUUGUUUUUGUUUUUAAGGUUUCUAAAAAUAAAAUCGCGGCUUUUUAGAGGGAAAUUCCGUGAAAAAUCACUCGCAAAAUGAGUGAAAAUCAAGCAAAAACCAUUAUUUCGGUUAAUAAGAUUCGAACAAUAAUGAAAAGUUCUGCAGAUGUGGGAUCAAUUACUGCAGAAGCCAUUCAGCUCGUUAGCAAGUCAACUGAACUCUUUAUUGGUGAACUCGUACAGAAUGCCCUGAAGGAGUGCGAGAAGCAGAAAGGAGGAGCUGGUGGAGCAAAGAAUGUAGACUACAAAUCACUGGCAGAAUACGUUCAGAGUGAAUCCAAGUUGGAAUUCCUGCAGCAAAUGAUACCCAAAAAGAUCACGGUGAAGGAGUACAGGGAGCUACUGCGGAAGAGCGAAGAGGAGAAUGUCCAGGAAAUCUCAGAUGAUGAUGAAUCUUCAUCUGUUUGCUCGUCAGACAGCGGGAAUGCCGACGAUGCGAUUAGUAUUUCAAGUGCGAGUGUUGUGGAGGUUAAGAAUUAAGAAUCUCUUGUAGCAU